AUGGGCGAUUACGAGAAGGAGCAACGUAGGCUUUGGGCACUUUGGGAGGAAGUACAGAAUGAAGAUGAAGCGAUCGAUGGAGACGAUUCAGAAGAAGAAGAUGAAAUAGAUAAUGUAAGUGUUUGCAGCGACUAUCCCGAUUUGGAGCAAAAUCCUGAAGUUGUAGAAGAUCAAGGCGAUGAAACACAAGCCGAGGUCUUGGACACACGUAGUUUCUUUCUUGGAAAAAACGGGAUGAAAUGGUUCAAAGAGUGCCCUAGUAGGAAUGUUCGAACUAGAUCUGAAAACAUAAUUAGCCAUCUUCCAGGAGUUAAAAACCAUGCAAAAAUGGCUAAAACUCCACUUGAAUGCUUUUUCCUCUUUAUUGAUGAGGUAAUGAUCGUAGAUAUAGUUAAAAAUACGAAUCUAAGAAUCAUAGAAAAAUCUGAGAAAUGGAAGGAAUCUCCCCAUUAUGGAGAAACCAAUCCGGCAGAAAUUAAAGCAGUGCUCGGCCUUUUGUACCUAUCAGGAGUUUUCAGAAAUAACCACCGAUUUUUAUAUGAGCUAUGGAAUACCGAUGGUACUGGUAUGGAUAUAUUUCCGGCUACUAUGAGUCAAAGGCGAUUUGAAUUCCUCAUUUCCUGUUUACGUUUCGACAACAAAAAUAAUCGCAAAGAUAGGGUUAAAUUGGAUAAGUUGGCCCCAAUUAGAGCUGUUUGCGAUAGAUUUGUUGACAACUGUCAGAAGGCUUAUUCGCCGUCUCAGUAUCUUACAAUCGAUGAAAAACUGGAGUCAUUUCGUGGCAGGUGCUCCUUCAGACAAUACAUGCCAAAUAAGCCGGCAAAAUACGGCAUAAAAGUACACGCCUUAGUAGAUGCGCGAACGAAUUAUCUCCUCAAUAUGGAAGUUUAUGUGGGAAAGCAACCCGAUGGAGUAUUUAAUGUCAGCAAUAGUCCUAAGGACAUAGUGAGCCGCUUAGUGGCUCCAGUCUCAGGAACGAACCGUAACAUUACUUUCGACAAUUGGUAUACCAGUGUUGAGCUUUUAGAAAAUCUACGCAAGGAUCACAAACUGACUGCGCUGGGAACUAUACGGAAAAAUAAACCAUGUCUACCAGCACCUUUUUUGAAUGUGAAUAAUCGAGAAGUUCAUUCUAGCUUAUUUGGAUAUACUUUGGUUAGCUAUUGCCCGAAAAAAAACAAAAUUGUACUGCUAUUAUCUUCUUUACAUCAUGAUGAUGCAGUAGAUGAGUCAGAGAAAAAACUUCCAGAAAUAAUAUCUUUUUAUAACUUUACCAAGUGUGGCGUUGAUGUAGUAGACGAGUUAUCUGCAUCAUACAAUGUUUCUAGUAAUAGUCGACGUUGGCCUUUAACUUUAUUUUUUUCCCUACUAAAUACUGCAGGCAUUAACAGUUAUAUUAUAUAUAGAGAGAACACUAACAACAAAUUACCAAGAAGAAUUUUCUUGAAGCAGUUGGGUAUGCAGUUGGCAGAGGUAUUUCAAAGAAGUAGAAUGACAAACCCUAGGCUAACAAGGGAGCUAAGAGGGAAUAUUCGGAAAAUAUUGGGUGAAAAUCCUGAACCUGCAUCGAAAAAGAUGAGACCAAAUCAACAAGGGAGGUGUUCAGAAUGUUCCCGAACUAAAGACAGAAAGACCAGAUACGUUUGUCAGACCUGUGAAACAUUUAUUUUCCUUGAACAUGCGCUUAAGUUUUGUAAAAAUUGUGCUGAAGUUAGCAAUGAAUAA